GUCCACGACCUUUCCUCUGUUUGAGUCUGAUUAAACGCCUCUAUAAGUAGUACGCCUAGGCAAACAAACUCAAAUCAAAUUAAAGAAGUUCUUCACAUAGCAUAGCAGCAUUAUUUAUUCAUUAUUACAAGAAAUGGGAGUUGGUGGCACUUUGGAGUACUUAUCUGAUCUCAUGAGCACUGGUCACCACCAUCUCAAGAAGAAGAAGAAGCAGUUACAAACUGUAGAGCUAAAGAUUAGGAUGGACUGUGAUGGCUGUGAGCUUAAGAUCAAGAAAACCCUUUCUUCACUAAGUGGGGUAAAAUCAGUGGAGAUAAACCGUAAACAGCAAAAAGUAACAGUAACUGGGUAUGUUGAGCCAAACAAGGUGCUGAAGAAGGCUAAGUCAACGGGAAAGAGGGCUGAAAUUUGGCCUUAUGUGCCUUACAAUUUGGUGGCUCAACCAUAUGCUGUUUCAUCUUAUGACAAGAAGGCUCCUCCUGGUUAUGUGAGGAGAGUGGAGAAUGCUGCUGCAACCACUGGAACCAUGACAAGAUAUGAAGACCCUUAUGUCAACAUGUUCAGUGAUGAAAACCCAAAUGCCUGUUCUAUAAUGUAGACAAAAAAAAAUGUUUUUUUAAUGUUUGGCAGUGUAAAUUUUCAAAUUUUAAUCUAGUGUGUUCUUUCAUUUUUCUGGUCAAUUUUCAAGCUCUUGUUUUCUUGGAUUGUGGACUUUUCUUUACAUGAAAAAGGAUGAGAAGAGACGUUUCUUUAUCAUUGCUUUUGUUUCCUAA